AUGGCACAUCGCCAAGAACCACCGCCCAUCCAAGAGAACGAUCCAUCUGAGAUCGAUCCCAUAUGGACGUCAAGCCGUACAGCACGCCAGAUUUACGCUUUGGGUGAAGUCGAAAAAGACAUAACCCGUCUCCUAUCCCUUGCAGCGUCAUCCGUCUCGCUGCUCACUCUCCCCCAGACGGAUGAGCCCGAUGACAACCUCCCUCAGGGAGAAGAGCGCUCAGAGCAAUUCGUUCUAGAAGUGAGCGAGUACUUUGAACGGCUAGACUCAAUUCAAGUAGCUAUUCGCUCUUCACUGGCUCACAUACGCCAGUCACGAAUCGCACCAUCCGCAAUCACAGCUCCCCCUCUUGGUUUUGUUCCCCCUUCACUUGGUGUCGGUCUUCCGAGAGCUACAGGGACCAGAGGCCUGCAAGAAGAGCGCACCGAUCGAGAUGCAUGGGUAGGCAUUCUCGACGCCCUCACACGCCUCAAGACGUCACAACAGCACGAACAACUACCAGUGCACACUUCCCCACACCACGCAAUGAAUACAUGA